GACCGCGCGGGUUUCAUCCCACGCUACGCCAGCUUUAUGCGCUGAUAUUGCACGUUUUGUUGCAUUAUGUUGCGGCUGGAGACGCGAGGCCUCGGAUUGGCCACCGGGCCCUACGCAGGCGCGAUCGGGCCUUGAGCACCGGGUUAUUGUUUAUAAAUGCCCGUGCAGGAGCGCGAAACCAAACGCCCCUUUGUUUCAAAGCAAAGUACGCGUACUCGCAUGCAUGCAUGCGUGCGUGGGAAUAAAACGCGUGAUGUAUUAUGGCUCAAAAUGGCGCGCGCAGGCAGGUUUUGUUUUUAGUGGAAGGGGGAAGUUAUGGUCACAAGGCGCCAUGUUUAUGUCCGGUUUCAGGUGCUGAAAUGCGAGGAAACCUUCAGCACUCGGGGGGUGGGAAGCUUCGGCGCGCGCUGCUGCACACAUUCUUCUCAAAUGCAUGAAGCUUCGAGUGUUUCCUGUCGUGCACGAAGCAUUUAAUGCGUUUUGCGUCGCGUUUAAAGAUGCAUUGCAUAAUUGUAUAAAAUUCACUAUCGCUUAUUGGUACUCAUGUUUAAUUUCCAGUCGCUCUUCUUGUCGCAGUCAUUUGCAAAUUAAAGGGACAUGCACGUCCGUCAAUAAUUUGUUCAUAUUUAUUAGUGGCAUAUUCAUAAGUCUGUCUAUCUGCUUUCAUAUUUAUCUGUCUCUCUGUUUGCAUGCAUGCAUGCAUGCACGCCUGUCUGUCUGUAUGCAAUUCAAACCUAUUGCAUGUUUACAUUGGCAACUAGCCUAGUUCUUGAAGCCUGUCACAUUGUUAUGAUCCCCCUUGUCCUAAAGCUAUGAACGCUUUAUUCUCUGUUUACUUUUUUAUGAGAGAGUAAUUCUGCUAUAAAUGAUUGUUUAACUCUUUUCUUCUGUAGCAGACAUUCCAGAUGAAUUGUUUGUGUUGUUGUGUUAGUUGUGCCGUGGCCAAUGAAGAAUAAAGACGAUGAAUGAGGAGGUGACAAGGCUUGCUCUCCGUUCCCAAGAGCCAAAGAUUAUACUGCAUGGCUCAGACGAGGGAGGCGCGGGGGAGGAGGAGGAGUACGUGGUGGAGCUGCAGGAGACGGUGCUGGUGUCGGAGGUGGAGGGCGAGGGCGAGGCCGCGUCCGUCCAGGGCUUCUCCUCCGACGAGCUCGUCAUCCAGGACGCAGUGGAGGAUGUGGUUGCCGAGUACGUGCACUGCGAUGACGACGAGGGCGUUGCCGUGGAGACCUGUGUGAUGUCACUGGAGGGUGAGGAGGAAGAGGAGGACGGCGUUGCCAUGGCAGAGAUGACGGAGGGGAGGGACCCUGAGCACGACUCGGACGGCUGCGGAGAUUACCUCAUGAUCUCCUUGGACGAGGCGGGUAAGAUGGUGUCUGGAGACGGAGAGGAGGUGACGGUCGACGGGGCGAUAGAUGAUCAGGAGGUGGAGAAAGAUGAGGAUGGACAGGAAGUCAUUAAAGUUUACAUCUUUAAAGCAGACUCGGGAGAGGACGACCUCGGAGAGGCGGUGGAUCUCGGUGAGAACGAGGCGGUGGCUCUGGCUGAGCCUGUGGUUCGGCCGCUGAGAGAGAAGAUGCUCUACAUGUCUGUGGGAGACGCUCAUCACACACAGACUGAUGGCGGCUCUAAGCUCUCGGAUGAGGUGUACAUGGAGGUGGUGGUUGGAGGAGAAGAGCCGGUUCCUCACAACAGACCGUAUGACAGCACUGCCCUCAGCAAGGACUUCAUGCCCGUCGCGUGGGCUGCUGCAUACGGUGCGGAUGAGGGCUGUGAGAACCGUAACGGAGCAGCGAGCGCAUUACUGCACAUCGACGAGUCGGAUGCACUGGACAAAAUCAACCGGCAACACGGCAAGAACAAGAGACGAGCUGAACCCCGACAGGUCCAAACAGCGAUCAUCAUCGGUCCGUAUGGACAGCCUCUGACCGUCUACCCCUGCAUGCUGUGCGGUAAGAAAUUCAAAUCCCGUGGCUUCCUCAAGCGCCACACUCGCAACCACCACCAGGACUUGUUGAGUCACAAAAAGUACCAGUGCACGGACUGCGACUUCACCACUAACAAAAAAGCCAGUCUGCACAACCACAUGGAGGUGCACGCGCUCAGCAACAAAGUGCUGUUUGAAUGCGAGACCUGCGGUAAGGAGUUCCACCAGCAGGCGGCGCUGUUCUCGCACCGUCUCCAGCACCACCACCAGGAGCAAAAGUCGCCCACGGCCAUCGAGUCGCCGCCUCCUCCCGCCGCCGCGACCAAGACGCACAAAUGCAAGUUUUGCGAUUACGAGACUGCCGAGCAAGGGCUGCUCAAUCGCCACCUGCUGGCCGUGCACAGUAAGAGCUUCCCGCACAUUUGUGUGGAAUGCGGCAAAGGUUUCCGCCAUCCGUCGGAGCUAAAGAAACACAUGCGCACGCACACCGGCGAGAAGCCGUACUCGUGCAUGUACUGCGAUUACAAAUCGGCCGACUCGUCCAACCUGAAGACGCACGUGAAGACGAAGCACAGCCGCGAGCUGCCAUUCUGCUGCGAGCGCUGCGGCCAAACCUUCAGUGAGGAGGAUGAACUAACGCAGCAUGCGGCCACACACGAGGACUCUCGGGGACACCAGUGCAGUCACUGCGACCAUCGCAGCUCCAACUCCAGCGACCUUAAACGGCACGUCAUUUCCGUGCACACUAAAGACUACCCACAUAAAUGCGCCGUCUGCGAGAAAGGCUUCCACCGGCCGUCCGAGCUUAAGAAACACUCGGCGUUGCAUAAAGCCAAGAAACUGCACCAGUGCCGCCACUGCAACUUCAAGAUCGCAGACCCAUUCGUUCUCAGCCGCCAUAUCUUGUCUGUUCACACUAAGGAACAGCAGCAACAGCCGGCGCAGUCGCCGACUCCGCCCACACAGGCGUCGCCACCGCAAGCCCCACCCACAGAAAAGCCCGCCCCCAAGAGGACUAUAGGUGCAGCGCAGUUAGCAGUGCCCGCUGUAAAGAAAGCCGGUGGUGCGAAGGGUUCGCGAGAAAGGAGGGUGUAUCAGUGUCAGUAUUGCGACUACAGCACGGGAGAUGCGUCUGGCUUCAAAAGACACGUUAUUUCCAUCCAUACUAAGGACUAUCCUCACCGCUGUCAGUACUGUUCAAAGGGCUUCCGGAGACCUUCGGAGAAAAACCAGCACAUUAUGAGGCACCAUAAAGACAUUGUGCCGGCAGAAUGAGCACCUCCUCUUUCUCCACUCACUUCCGUAAACACACUAAACAGCCAGUGAUUCGAGAUCCCCAUCCCUCAUGUUGGCAACCUCUGUAUUGGGCUUCUUACCAAGACCCCUCAUGCAUAGCAGUUGUGUGUGUUGUGUCUGUAUGCGAGAGAAAAUUGUUGAAAGUGUUUAGUGGCAUAGACUGGAAGUGUGUUCACAUUUCUUAUGAUCACAUGGUCUGCAGUCUUAAAGGAACAGUUCAGCC